AUGGCAAGUUUGCGAAGGGCAAUUUUCACCGCCGUUCCUCGGCUUCUUAGCUCCUCGAAUCGGUCGUCGCAUGCCACAUCCGAUUCUCUUCACAGGCCUAUAUUGGGUUCGAUUUCUCAUUUUUGUUCUUCCAAUUUGAGCACCCAAUCGUUCGAAAUUGAUCUUUCUAAUGAAGAAAGCAAAAGGCGCUUAUUUAACAGGAUAUUGUAUAGGAGCAAGCAAAGAGGGUACCUGGAACUGGACUUAAUUUUGGGGAAAUGGGUGGAGAAUCAUAUUCACUCCAUGGAUGAAGAUGGAAUUAAAUCCCUGGUUCACGUCCUUGACCUGGAGAAUCCAGAUCUAUGGAAAUGGCUGACUGGUCAGGAACAACCCCCGGAUGCAGUAAACAUAAAUCCUGUAUUUGUAGCUGUGCGAGACAAGGUUAUGAACAACCUCAACAGCCAUGCUUCUCCUGAGACUCGAGCAACUCCUGGGCAGCCUUGGGUAAGAGGUUGGGACGAUUUCAAGAAAGGUCGAGAUGCCCCUACAACUGGGAACCAGUAG